AGGACACAACCAGUUUAGAAUUCUAGUGCAAUCCCCUCUCUCUCUUUCUUAGUUUAAUGAUUUUUCUUUUCUUUCUUUUUUUCUUUAUCAAUUCUCCUUUUCUAACUUAUGCUUAGAAGAACUACAUAAGAAGGAAGCACAAUGGGUAAGAGACAUAACAUAGAAGAUAGAGCAAAGUAGCUACCUCUAGCUAGGUUCUCUACCACUAUAUAUGAUCCUUCAUCUUUCACUUUGAUCAUAUUUCAUAUCAUACAUAUAUUAAGCAUCUACAAAAGAACACCAACCUUGGUGCCUAUUUAUUAUACUAGAAGAAAGAAGGGUAGAAUGGAUUAUCAUUCACAAUACAGUAGUGCUAGUGAAUCAGGUUGGACUCAUUAUUUGGACCAAUCCUCUCUUCCUGAAAAUUACUACCAGAGGAGAGGUGGUGUUGUGGAGUGUGAUGAAGGAAAAGGAGCAAGAAUGGAAGAGUACUCUGAGGAAGAUUUGUCCAUGGUCUCUGAUGCUUCUUCUGGACCUCCAUAUUAUGAUAAUGAAUGCUAUUGUCAGAAUUGGUAUCCUUGCCUUUCUUCUACAACCAAAGAUUCCCAAAAGAAGAACAAGAAGGUCAAAGAAUAUGGCAGAAGUCAACAGCCUUCGCCUCUUGAUGACACUGCAAGCUCUCCUUUUUUCAACUGUGCCAAGGAGAGUCACAAGAAGCAAGACAGUUUCUCAGGGAAUGGAGCAGUGGAGAGUGCAUUGAAUUUUUCUCAAUGUGUAUCUGCAACAAGAAUAAAGAGAAAGACAAAAUUCCAGAAGCACUUUGGUUUCUUAGAUAGGUCUCUUGCUGGAAAACUAACCUCAGAGGAACAAGGUGGUUUUAAUGAAGAAGGGAAAUGAGUGAUUUUGCUGUAGUCCUUGUCACUGUUUGUUGUUGCUGCAUUGCUGUGGAAAGAGAAACCAGAAAAGAAUGGAUGUCAAAGGAGAGAAGCUACUCAAUGUUUGUCAAAAGGAACUCCUUUUCUUUUUCUUUUCUUUUCUUUCUUUCUUUUUUUUUCCAAAAUAUUAAAAAAAGAAAAGCUCUUUUGUUGUAAUUUUACCCUUUUUUUUAAUCUGCUCCUAUGCUACUGCCUAUGCUAUUGGGAGCAACCUAAGAGAAUAUAGGAAACUGAAUAAGGUUUCUGUCCUCCAUUUUCUUUUGUUGUCACUAGUGGCAGGCAUCUCUGGGACCUCCCAGGUCUUCUCCUUUGGAUACUAUUCACAAACUCUUCUUGAGAUGGUAUUUACUAUUCAUCCUUUUAAUAAUAAUAGAAUUUAAUAUUUAUGCACU